UGAUGAGUGGUCAAAACUCACCAAAUUCUAUGUGAGAAUUGGGUGUCCAGCCUAAGCCUGGUUACGACAAUAUGAGCACUCCCAUUUGUUACCAAUCUGAUCCCUACCACCUUAAAAACUAGAAACCAAAAAAAUUUAGACAAAAUGAAGGCAACCCAAAAGCUCAAAGAAGCCAUUGACGCAUUCUUCGUUCGUGGUUGCACUGCAACAGAACUAUACACUCGUCUGUUACUCGAAUGCAUUCGAGCUAAUGACUUAGAUCAAGUGAAAAGAUUGCAGUCUCAUGUAGAAAUGCAAUCAGUUGAACCCAAUAAUACUUACCUUCAGAAUCGACUGCUUCACCUUUAUGUGAAAUCUGGCAAAACCAAUGAUGCACUUACAUUGUUUGAUAAAAUGCCUUCUAAAGAUGUGUUCUCAUGGAAUGUAAUGCUUUCAGCAUACUCGAAAAUGGGUGAGACUGAGAAAUUACAGGCUACUUUUGAUAAAAUGCCGGCUCGUGAUUGUAUUUCGUAUAAUACGACGAUUGCGGGUUUGGUUGGAAGUGGGUGUUGUGUUGAUGGUUUGGGUUUCUUUGUUAGAAUGCAGAGAGAUGGAUUUGAGCCGUCGGAGUAUACGUAUGUGAGUGCUUUGAAUGCUUGUUCAAAAUUACUGGAUUUGAGGCGUGGGAAGCAAAUUCAUGGAAGGACUGUCACUAGUAGUAGUUGUAAAGGGAAUGUUUUUGUGUCGAGUGCAUUGAUGGAUAUGUAUGCCAAGUGUGGUCAAGUCGACCAAGCAAGGUGGUUGUUUGAUCAGUUGAGUGAAAAAAAUGUUGUAUUGUGGAAUUCGAUGAUAUCGGGGUACUUGAAAAAUGGGUGUCCUGAGAAAUGUCUGGAUUUGUUUCUUGAAAUGAAAGUGGCAGGAGUGAAGCCGGAUUUGGUUACAGUUUCUAGUGUUCUUGGAGCUAAUUUUAAGAGCGGGUUCAUAGAUGAGGCUACUAGGAUUUUUAAGGAGAUAAAAGAGAAAGAUGGGGUGUGUUGGACGACAAUGAUAGUUGGCUAUGCGCAGAACAACAAAGAAGAAGACGCUUGGAUGCUGUUCAGUGAGAUGUUAUCAGAAAAUGUGAAACCAGACCAGUAUACAAUCUCAAGUGUGGUUAGUGUUUGUGCUAGAUUAGCUUCUUUGGUUCAUGGUAAGGUAAUUCACAGUAAAGCAAUUCAUUACGGAAUCGAGAGUGAUUUGCUUGUAUCAAGUGCCCUCAUCGAUAUGUACUCGAAAUGUGGAGAAACUUUGGAUGCUCGGAAGGUGUUCCGACUGAUGCCAAUCCGAAAUGUGGUAUCCUGGAAUGCCAUGAUGACGGGAUAUGCACAAAAUGGGCAGGAUCAAGAGGCUUUAGAACUUUAUCAAAACAUGUUACAAGAAAAGCUGAAACCAGACAAUAUUACCUUGGUCGGGGUUCUUUAUGCUUGUAGCCGCAGUGGAUCAGUAGAACUGGGAAAGGAAUAUUUCAGUUCCAUAAGUGAAUCACAUGGAAUGAAACCGACUUUAGACCACUAUUCAUGUAUGAUUAAUCUCCUGGGACGUCCGGGAAGAAUGGAUGAGGCGGUAGAUUUAAUCAAUAGCUUGCCUGAAGAACCCAAUUACUUAAUCUGGUCUACGCUUUUGUCUGUUGCAAGAGUAAAUGGUGACAUCGAACGUGCAGAAAUGGCAGCAAAGCAUCUUUCUGAAUUAGACCCGCUCGAAACAGGACCUUAUAUAAUAUUGUCCAACAUGUAUGCUUCUGCUGGAAGAUGGGGAAAAGUAGCAUUGGUGAGGUCUCUUAUGAAAGACAAGAAGAUUCGAAAGGCUCCAGCUUAUAGUUGGAUUGAGAUCGAUUAUAAGGUUCACAAGUUUGUGUCUGACGAUCGAAGUCAUUUGCAAAAUGAGGAAAUCUACCGAAAGCUGGAUAGUUUGAUGAAGGAGAUACAGAAAGCUGGUUAUGUUCCUGACCGGCAUUUGGCUUUGCAUGAUGUUGGGGAGGACGAGAAAGUUGAAUCUAUCAGUUAUCACAGUGAAAAGCUUGCUCUUGCAUAUGGGUUGAUUAGCAAGCCUCAUGAUCGGAUGCCUAUUCGGAUCUUAAAGAACUUGCGUGUUUGUAAGGACUGUCAUAUGUUUAUGAAGUUCGUAUCAAAACUUUUAGAACGACGCAUCAUUUUGAGAGAUUCAAACCUGUUCCAUCAUUUUGUUGACGGUCAAUGCUCAUGUAAGGAUUACUGGUGAUGGAUUUACAUGCUUGUUCAAGGUAUAGGUUUCGCCAGUGCUUAGUGACAUUAAGGCUUGGUAUCUCAAAUUCUGAAGGAUGAAGUACUCUUUCGUCCAGUAGGAUUCUGGCACAUCUUAUGAGUUUUUGUCAGCAUUACAGCUUCAUUCUCGCUAUCACCUUUCCCCCGUUGUUGGAUUAAGCUACAAGUUCAGGGACCAUUAGUAUCUUGCAAAUGUACAAGUGAAUCUUCAUUUAGGAAACUUUUUAAGUUGGACAGGUCUCUGCAGGGAACAUCUAUGAAACUUGGAUUAUUUCAGAGACAUUGUAGUCGUAAGAGUAGCUUAGCGACAAGGAUGCAUUUCCUCGUUGGAUAUUUGCCUGUUUGGUUGGUCGAAGUUGGGCUGCAGAAAGGGUCUUGAACAACAUAACCUGUUUUCAUGUGCAACAGUUUUCGGGUAACCAAAAUUGGAGAUUUGCAAGGGUUUACUCUCAGUAAAGUCCACCAGGCACUUGUUGAGAGUUAAACAUGCUGCUGUAGCUGUUGCUAAACUAAUUUGGAGACGUGCAGUUCACCCUUCCUUUGCUGCUCAGGCUUGGAAGAUCAUUCAUGAAAAUUGCUGUGCAACACAAGACAGGUUGAAGAGUAGAAUGAAGAUACCUUUGGCUUCGACUUGUAUCAUUUGCAAGGAAUAUGAUUACUUGAGGCUGCAGUGUCCCCCUGAAAUGGAUGAACUUUUAGUAUGCUGUGAUGGAGCGUCAAUUGGAUAUCCUGGAGCAGCAGGUGUCGGUAAUGUGGCGAGAGAUGCAGACUGCAGAGUUGUUCAAAGUGAGACUGUCUCUUGAUCAGAUUCUCAGAGUGCUAUUCAGGCUUCUGUCAAUGAUUCAGUUCCACAGGUCCUUUCGUCAGAGAUGGACUGCAGCAAGAGCUCAGUAUUCUUCCUUGCGUUUUGAAUAUUCUAAGCGAGAGGUUAAUUUUGCUGCUGAUACUAUUAUGUCCAAAGAGUGGCUGUAGUCUAGCAAUUGGUGUUCGUGUUCAAAAGUUCAAAUAGUUGCAUUUUUAAUGAAUUUCUGGACGACCCAAAUAAAAAGUUUCCGGUUAAUGUCAAGAUGAAGUAUCCAAAAAUUUUAGCAGAAUUCAUCUAUCAGAGGAUGGAAAUACGGCCCUGCUAGUGCUAGACUGCUAGGUAUCCUACGGAUUGGAAAUGCUAAAAUU